AUGAAUGAAACAGUAUCUCCUGUUGUAAUUGAAACUCUAGAAUCAAAUGAUAAUGAAACACCAGGAUUAAGUCUCAAAUAUAAAAAUUUCCAUGAUCAUGGAAUUCAAACAUUAAAAUGUCUCGAUGCUAUGAGAAAAGAGAGACAAUUAUGUGAUGUUAUUUUAAUGGUCGAAGGUCACGAAUUAUUUGCACAUCGAGCUUUAUUAUCAUGUCAUUCAAAUUAUUUCCUUGAACUUUUUCUUCAUGAUGAAAAUGAUACAACAACUAAAAAACAAAUGUAUUAUCAAAUUGAUGGUCUUGAACAUGUAGCUUUAAAAUUAAUUAUUCAAUUUAUUUAUCGUGGAAGUUUUUUUUUAACACCAGAAAUGGUACCAAAAGUUUAUUUGGCUGCAUAUCAAUUACGUAUAGAAACACUAUUUAAAGCUUGCUCAAAUUAUCUUAGUGAACAACUGACAGAACACAAUUGUUUGAGUACACGUUCAUUGGCUAUGGAUGAUGACCUUCGUACAAAAGCAAAUGAAUGUAUUCAAAAUAAUUUUACUGUUGUUCUGGAAACUCGUGAGUGUCUUACAUUACCAACAAUCAAAUUAGAAUUGAUUGAUUCGAAAGUCCUUAAACCAAAGAUAAUAUGUGAUCUUGUUAUAAAUUGGAUUAUUCAACACCUUUGUGAAGAAAAUAGUGAUUUUCAAGAACUUUGUGACUGUAUGCAUCUACUUUAUCUUAAUGGUGAAACACUUCUUGAUUGUACAAGUAUGGAUGAUAAAAAUAUUCAUUUUUCUGAUUUCAUCAAAGAUUAUCAAAGUUAUAAAUUAACAAAACGAAAUUUAUCAACAACAUCACCAUCAAGUAGUCAGAAUGAUAGUUUCUUUUUUGAAACACCAAAUUUACAAAUAAAUAAUCAUAAUUUAUUAUCAAAUACAAUAAUGAAUUCACAUACACCAGAAACAAAACUUAUUCAUAUGAGCCAAUCAAAUGAUCAUAGUUAUAUUGCUAUUGCAAUAAUAAAAGGAAAAAUGUCAAUUCUUUCUAUACAUAUGUCAUUGUCACCAAGCCCUACUGCAAUUGAAAAUAACCUUGUUGUACCUAUAGAAAAAACUUUUGAUGAUAGUCAUUCAAAUACAACUAGUCCGAUACUAAUGUUUGAUAAAGAUAUUACAUUCGGUUCAUUGCUAACAGCACGAUGUUGUUUUGGAACAGGAUCAAUAAAUGAUAUGAUCUAUGUUGUUGGCGGAUAUAAUCGUGAUGAUUGUCUUGAGACAAUUGAACAGUUUGAUCCAAUUGAAAAUAAAUGGAAAUUAUUAUCAUUUCCAAUGACUAGUCGACGAGGUCGAGUGUCAGCUACAAUUGUUGAUGAUAAAAUUUAUGUAUGUGGUGGUAGUGAUGGACAAAAAGAAUUAAAUACAGCUGAAUGUUUUGAUUUAAAAUCUAUGAAUAAAUGGUCAAUGAUAAAAGAACUUUCUACACCUGUCGCACAUAGUGCUAUGUGUAGUGAUGAUAAUUAUGUAUAUUUAAUUGGUGGAAUGGAAGGUGAUAAAUGUAAAAAUGAUUGUUAUCGAUAUGAUCCAAAUGAUAAUAGUUGGUCACAAUUAGCUUCAAUGAAUACUGAACGAAGUGAAACUGGUGUUGUCUAUUGUAAUGAUAAAAUAUAUGUAUUUGGUGGUUCAACAUUAGCUCGAUGUUUAUCAUUAUGUGAAAUUUUAACAUUAUCAACAAAUGAAUGGAGACUUGGACCAACAAUGAAAGAAAAUCGUCGUGGUUGUGGUGCAGUUUUAUAUCAUAAUAAAAUAUUUAUUAUUGGUGGUUCAAACGGUGUAACAUCAUUAACAUCAAUUGAAAUAUUGGAUCCUCUAACAAAUGAAUGGUUAAUUAAUAUCAGUGGAAUUUAUAAUGAAUUAAAUAUUCCACGAGUUGGUCUUGGUGUAACUGUUUGUUGUGAUAGAAUUUAUGUUAUUGGAGGUUUUGAUGGUCGAACAUUUCUUAAAUCAAUUGAAGCCUAUGAUGAAAAUGAUCAACAAUGGCAUCUAACUUAUAAUAAUAUUAAUCAAUCAGAUAAGAAUUAUUAA